AUGAGCGCCCCCCCGACGCUGCCCCCCGGGGGCGACGAAGGGCUCGAGACGGCCUGGCCCCCCGCGGCCAACGCCAGCAGCGCCCCGGCGGAGAAGGCGGCGGCGGCGGGGACCGAGGGCGCGGGGGCGGCGGGCAUGGUCGCCAUCCAGUGCAUCUACGCGCUGGUGUGCCUGGUGGGCCUGGUGGGCAACGCUCUGGUCAUCUUCGUGAUCCUCCGCUACGCCAAGAUGAAGACCGCUACCAACAUCUACUUGCUCAACCUGGCCAUCGCCGACGAGCUCUUCAUGCUGAGCGUACCCUUCGUGGCCUCGUCGGCCGCUCUGCGCCACUGGCCCUUCGGGUCAGUGCUGUGCCGCGCGGUGCUCAGCGUGGAUGGCCUCAACAUGUUCACCAGCGUCUUCUGUCUGACCGUGCUCAGCGUGGACCGCUACGUCGCCGUGGUGCACCCUCUGCGCGCCGCCACCUACCGGAGGCCCAGCGUGGCCAAGCUUAUUAACUUAGGUGUGUGGCUGGCGUCCUUGCUGGUCACUCUGCCCAUCGCCAUCUUCGCCGACACCAGGCCGGCUCGGGACGGCCAGGCCGUGGCCUGCAACCUGCACUGGCCGCACCCGGCCUGGCCGGCGGUCUUCGUAGUCUAUACGUUCCUGCUGGGCUUCCUGCUGCCUGUUCUGGCCAUUGGCCUCUGCUACUUGUUUAUCGUGGGCAAGAUGCGCGCGGUGGCUCUGCGGGCCGGCUGGCAGCAGCGGAGACGCUCGGAGAAGAAGCUCACGCGGCUGGUGCUGAUGGUGGUGGCCAUCUUUGUGCUCUGCUGGAUGCCUUUCUACGUGGUGCAGCUACUGAACCUGUUUGUGACCCGCCUUGAUGCCACCGUCAACCACGUGUCCCUCAUCCUCAGCUACGCCAACAGCUGCGCCAACCCCAUCCUCUAUGGCUUCCUCUCGGACAACUUCCGCCGUUCUUUCCAGCGGGUUCUCUGCCUGCACUGCUGCCUCCUGGAUGCUGCUGGCGGUGCUGAGGAAGAGCCCCUGGACUACUAUGCCACUGCUCUCAAGAGCAGAGGUAGGGUGGGAUGCACAUGCCCCGCGCUCCCCUGCCAGCAGGAGCCGGUACAACCAGAACCCAGCCGCAAGCAGAUGCCGCUCACCAGGACCACCACCUUCUGA